AUGCCUCCGAUGGCUUUUACCGGUGUGGUCACAAAAGCUGGCUUCAUGAACAAGACAGCGACGGUCACUGUCUCGCGCUGGGUCGUACACAAGUUGACUGGGAAGCGCAUCGAGCGAAGCACCAAAUUCUUGACUCACGAUCCCAGUAACAUCCUCCGCAAAGACGAUGUUGUCCUCAUUCGCAAUUGCCCACCAGUAUCAGCAAGCAAGCGAUUCAAACUAGAGCGCGUCCUGAAAAGUCCGGAGGGCGAACGCGAGAAAGCUCAUACACAGCGAAUGCCAACCUCCCCACUGCCUCCACCUCCGCAACCGAUACAAUCCUCCGCAACUCCAUGA